AUGUCAGUGAGCAGUUUCCCGACUAAGCCAGACGACAGGGAAUCCAAGAGGGCUAGAACGAGCGCCACGCCAUUAAUCGGGUUCACGGAGGAAGACAAACAAGGAACUAUCCAACCCUACGAUGAUGCCUUAGUCGUUACGCUCAGAAUAGGAGGUUAUGACGUGAAAAGGGUGUUAGUUGAUCAAGGCAGCGCAGUGAAGAUAAUGUACCCUGAUUUGUAUAAGGGACUGAACUUGAAGCAGGAAGACUUGUCGCCAUACGAUUCCCCCCUGGUUAGCUUUGAAGGAAAGGUCGUCAUCCCGAGAGGCAUGAUUAGGUUGCCUGUGCAAACAGACUCAGAUGUGGUAGAAGUGAACUUCAUUGUCGUAAAUACAUACUCCCCUUACACAGCCAUCGUGGCCCGGCCAUGGCUUCACGCACUGGGGGCUGUGUCGUCAACCUUGCACCAAAAGGUGAAAUAUCCGUCAGGAGGUCAGAUCAAAGAGAUAAUAGGGAACCAGGGAACCAGGGAGCGCCACGCCAUUAAUCGGGUUCACGGAGGAAGACAAACAAGGAACUAUCCAACCCUACGAUGA